CUAUCUAUCUAUCUAUCUAUCCAUCUAUCUUUGCUUGCACACACUCUUAUAAUGACAUUGUAUUUUAUUUUCAUCUUUUGAGAAUGAAAUUUCUCUUUCUCACACACACAGGCACUCAUGAUACAGCAAUAGGUAGUGUAAGACGUGUGUUUGUGUUUUGUGUGUGUGUGUGUGUGUGUGUGCGUGUGUGUGUGUAGAAUAGAUCUGUUCAUUAGAUCUAUUCUGUACUAGACUAAUACACUUCCUCCUCUACUCCUGCUCAUCUGCUCCGCUCUCUCUUUCUCCGUCUCUAGUUUUUGUUUGUCCUGGAACAUUAAUGCGAGUGCUGGAGCCCAGUUCUGUGAGGGAGGCGGAGCAUCAGUCAGGGGCGUGGUGUAAAGACCCUCUGCAAGCGGGCGAUAGGCUAUACGUGAUGCCCUGGACGCCCUAUCGCACAGAUGCGCUGCAUGAAUACGCUUCGUGGGAUGACUACAUCCAAAACAGAGUCACCACCACUUAUAAAUUGCCGAGUCGUGUGGACGGCACCGGUUUCGUCGUGUACGAUGGAGCUGUGUUCUACAAUAAGGAACGCACACGCAACAUUGUGAAAUACGACCUGCGAACUCGCAUCAAGAGCGGCGAAGCUAUUAUCGCUACCGCCAAUUAUCACGACACGUCGCCAUACCGCUGGGGCGGGAAAUCCGACAUCGACCUAGCCGUGGACGAACACGGCCUCUGGGUCAUAUACGCCACUGAAGCCAACAGCGGACGCCUGGUCGUUAGUCAGGUGAACCCGUACACGCUGCGGUUCGAGGGCACGUGGCAGACCAGCUUCGAGAAGCGCAUGGCGUCGGAUGCGUUCGUGGCGUGUGGCAUCCUGUACGCCGUUCGCUCCGUGUACCAGGACGACGACAGCGAGGUGGGCGGGGACCUGAUCCUGUACGCCUACGACACGCGGCGUAACCGCGAGGAGCCGGUGAGGAUCCCCUUCCCCAACCCGUACCAGCACAUCUCCUCUAUCAGCUACAACCCCCGAGACAACCAGCUGUACGUCUGGAACAACUACAUCGUCCUGCGGUACCCGCUGGAGUUCAGCCCGCCGCAGCCCACCACAGACCCUCUUUCGACGCCUCUUCUCUCCACGACUCCACCGAGUGCGCUCUCCACCACCGUGUCCAUGGGCUUCAGCCCCAGCUCCGUCCCGUCUGUGACGUUCCACCCGGUGGGGGCUAUAAACCGGGCUCCGGCCGGGCGGCCCAUCACAGCCACGGUCCCGGUGACCGUCAGGCCCCCCCGCCGGCCACAGGGGCCCCGCACACCCAUGUGUGAGGGCCGGGUGACUCGCGGGGUCCAGUGGCCUCCGACUCAUCGAGGAGAGACGGUGGAGAGGCCCUGUCCCAAAGGAUCGCUCGGUAUCGCCUCUUAUCAGUGUAUGGCUGAUGACGUGGUGUGGAACUCCAGAGGCCCUGACCUCAGCAACUGCACCUCGCCCUGGGUCAACCAGGUCGCUCAGAAGAUCAAGAGCGGGGAAAACGCAGCACAUAUCGCCGCUGUACUUGUCAAUCACACACGAGGGCGGGUCUACGCCGGUGAUGUCACUUCCUCCGUGCGCCUGAUGGAGCAGCUGCUGGACAUUUUGGACUCACAGCUACAGGCGCUGCGUCCCGGAAACAAGGAGUCGGCCACACGCAACUACAACAAGCUUCAGAAGAGAGAGCGGACCUGUCGAGCGUUUAUUCAGGCGGUGGUGCAGACGGUGGAUAACCUGCUGCGUCUGGAGGCUCUGGAGUCGUGGCAGGACAUGAACGUGACCGAACAGUCUCACACCGCCACGAUGCUGCUGGACGUGAUGGAGAAAGGAGCGUUUCUUCUGGCUAAUAACCUGUACGGGGGUCACUUCAGCGACCGCGCGCCCAACGUCGAUCUAGAGGUGCGCGUGUUGAACACAGAGACAGAGUCCCAGGAUCUGUCGUUCCCUCAAAACGGCCCCAGUGACAGCAGCAUCCAGCUCUCGGCCUCCACCUUCAAACAGUACAGCCGCAACGGUCAGGUAAAAGUGGUCUUUGUGCUUUAUAAGAAUCUGGGUUCGUUCCUGUCCACUGAAAACGCCACUGUGAAGAUGGAAAUGGAGGCGGGGCCUGGUGGGCGGGGCCUGGCAGUGAAUUCGCACGUCAUAGCAGCGUCCAUCAAUAAGGAGUCCAGUCGAGUGUUUCUCACCGAGCCUGUGGUGUUCACCCUUAGACAUUUACAGCUGGAGAAUCAUUUCAGCCCAAACUGUUCAUUCUGGAACUACUCCGAGCGUUCGAUGACGGGCCAGUGGUCAUCUCAGGGCUGCAGGCUGAUGGAAACCAACAGCACGCACACAACUUGUUCUUGCAGCCAUCUAACCAACUUCGCCGUGCUCAUGGUGCACCACGAACCCGACUAUCCAGGCAGGAUGCACGAGUUGAUCCUCUUUGUGAUCACAUGGGUGGGCAUCGUCAUUUCGCUGGUGUGUCUCGCCAUCUGUAUCUCCACCUUCUGCUUCCUGCGAGGCCUGCAGACCGACCGCAACACCAUCCACAAGAACCUGUGCAUCAACCUCUUCAUCGCCGAGCUCCUCUUCCUCAUCGGCAUCGACAAGACGCAGUACCACAUUGCAUGCCCCAUUUUUGCGGGUCUGCUACAUUUCUUCUUCCUGGCUGCGUUCUCCUGGAUGUGUCUGGAGGGAAUCCAGCUGUAUCUGAUGCUGGUGGAGGUCUUUGAGAGCGAAUACUCCCGAAAGAAAUACUACUACCUAUGCGGCUACUGCUUUCCCGCCCUGGUGGUGGGCAUCUCGGCAGCCAUUGACUAUCGCAGCUAUGGGACAAAAAAAGCUGUGUCCUUCAUUAUCAUGUUGAACCUGGUGUUCCUCAUGAUAACACUUCACAAGAUGGUCCGUAACUCAUCCGCCCUCAAACCCGACUCCAGCCGCCUGGACAACAUCAAGUCCUGGGCUCUUGGGGCUAUCGCACUGCUCUUCCUCUUGGGUCUGACUUGGGCCUUCGGCCUCCUCUUCAUCAAUGAGAACACAGUCAUCAUGGCUUAUCUUUUCACUACCUUUAAUGCCUUCCAGGGCAUGUUCAUCUUUAUCUUCCACUGUGCUCUGCAGAAAAAGGUGCAUAAGGAGUACAGCAAGUGCCUCCGUCAUUCUUACUGCUGCAGCCGUACCUCCACCACGAGCUCUCAUGGAUCGCUGAAGAAUUCUGCCCUUCGUGCCAACAACCGCUACUACACCGGGAGCCAGGCGCGUCAUGCAGCGGUACACAGACAGAGUCGAAUUCGUCGUAUGUGGAACGACACGGUGCGAAAGCAGACAGAGUCGUCCUUCAUGGCUGGAGACAUCAACAGCACUCCCACUCUCAACCGUGGUACAAUGGGAAACCAUCUUCUAACCAAUCCUGUGCUGCAAACCCGUACAGGAAGUUCACCUUACAACACGCUGCUGGCUGAAACGUUUACCCCUCCCUCGCCUGGAGUCUUCAACUCUACUGGAACUUUCCGUGACCCAAAGAGCACCCUGUCUAAAAACCGAGAUCAUGGAGGCAUGGAGACGCUACCUCUAAAUGGGAACUUCAACAACAGCUAUUCUCUGCGUAGUGUUGGGGGUUCAGGAGCUCCCGGGGGAAGCUGUGACUUCCUGGGAGGUGGAGAUAGCCCCCCUCCUGUGUUCAACCCCCGUGGUUCAGAAACUCUCGGCGGCAUACGGAGAAACCUCUCUGACGCAGCAGCGUUCGAGAAGAUGAUCAUAUCGGAACUUGUGCACAAUAAUCUCCGAGGUGGUGGAGGGGCUGGGGGCGUUGACAGAACAUGUGGCAGUCUGGUCAGAGGAAUGGGGCGGGGCGGAGGCGGGGCAGAGCCAACGAUAGGCAUGGAGGACAACGACGACUUUCGUUCGCGAGAAGUGCGUCAGCGCACGCCGCAAGAUGUGGAACUUCUUUACAAAGCUCUGGAGGAGCCCCUGCUCUUGCAGCGUGCCCAAUCCGUGCUCUACCAGAGCGACCCAGACGAGUCCGAAAGCUACACGGCCGACCUGACCGAGAGUUUGGGCCACAGUGGUCACAGCGGCCAAAGCGCAACAGGCCAGGGCCAAAACGGAGGCCCCGAUUCGCCUGCGCGGGACUCCCUCUAUACCAGCAUCACCAACCUGCGAGAUUCGCCCUACCCCGACAGCAGCCCAGAGCCUCUGGAGGUGGUUCCGCGUUCAGCCCAGCCUCCGGAGGAGCUGUACUACAGCUCGGGUCGGCCUGCCAUAGGCUCCCGCGGAGCACCUAUGCAGACCUUCUACCAGGCUCCGCCUAGGAGACCGAGCACUGAAGCCCACCCCGCCCCUGAGCCCCCUCACAGCGAGGGAGAUGGACAGAUGCAGCUGGUCACAAGCCUGUGACCACGAGAAAGAGGUGGAGGAGGAAGAGCGCCACAGGGUCUGAUGCAAAGUGCCGCUGGCGAUGAUGGACUCCUCUCCUGUCUCUGACACCCUCCUUAUGUCUGGUUGCCUUUUUGCUCUUUCAUUUGUUUUGAAGUAAGAGGUAAGGAAAGCCUAAACAGGGAGAGCGACAGAGAGGUUUGUCUCCAUGGCAGCAGGCUCUCUGAAGUGCUGUGUAACCACUCUGCUCUCUCAUCAGCAUCAUUUUCUCCUCCCUCCUGACGCACACACAUAGAGAAAGAGCAAGUCCAACUAUCUGCCUUUUCUCAGUGGACGUCUCUGCCUUCAGCUCUCUCUGCUCCAAAAAUAUCGUCAAACUUCACACCGGGUUUCUAUUUCUGUGUUUUAUUUCAAGUCCUAUCUUUAAAAUGUUACUUUUGCGUAACUCCUUACCUUCGCUUUCCUUUCUCCAUCAUUAUUUGAUGAGAGCUGUUACGUGAGGAAAUGGGGGUAUGCCAUUAUACUGCAAGUGACAAAAAAAUCUCUCUGAAAGCUCUUCAGUGUUGCCAAAAAUAACUGUUUUUGAGCCAGGACACAAACUGGAAUCUACACACACGCGCACACACACACUCACAGAAGUGCUUGUUACUGAACAUCAAGAGUGUGAACAUAUGCUCAUGAAAAAGGAAAACAAGGACUAUUGUUCAGACACAGGUAGCGGGAAGCUGCCUCAGUGGAGUUGCCUUUAUUUCUUUCUCUGAACUGACUCUUCUGUAUAGAACAACCGCAGAGACUGGGAACGAGGUGGGGGGCGUUAGGGCGCAACCCAUCGUCAGCUGGGUCGUUUGAAGCCUAUUGGCCAUGGGACCUCUCGUGAAUGAAACUCUGUAGGGUUUUGUCUCUGAUCCACAGAAGGGGUUGGAUUAAGGACUGAACCUGCUCUCCGAAUCACUGAUGGAUGUUGUAGGUGGACGUGCUGUAUCACCUGUGUUAUUGUGGCUAGAAGAAUUUUUUUGCUACCGUUCCAGCCAUUCUUCAAGUCCGACCUCUGUACAUAUGAACCACACGAAAGCAAAAGCAAGUCUUACUCUACUCGUCUCCUGUACAUAGAAGAACAAAAGCAACAAAAAAGUAUCAAAAUACUAUGAAAAACAGUUGUACUGCAACGGAAAUCGAAAAUAAAGAUGUUUUGAAGUUUGUGACCUAAACACCACGCCACUCUCUCCCUCUCUCUUUCUUUCGCUCUCUCCGGCCCUCGUUCGGUCCUGCCCUGGAGCACCAUGGUGCCAGGAAAUCUAAUUGUCUGCCAAGAGACAGCGAGAGAGAGAGACAGAAAGAGAAGGAUUUUACAUACAAACGAGAUAAAUCCUGGCACAAUUUUUAUGUAAUAUAACCCAUUACAUUGUUGGUAAUGUUUGACCUUCAACAUUCACAGACAGGAAGCGCUUGACGUGAAUGGAAGGGCAAUACACUGUGCCUCAGGGGCGCACUGGUGCAUUGUGGGUUGAUUGACAGCAGCCAUAAUGUAGUGUUGGUUAUAUUUUAUCUGGAAGAUGUAAUAGAUCAGACGACUAGAUGAAUAGAAUAUAAGAUAUUUAGGUGAAAAAAAAAAUUGGGGGGCACAUUCGGAAACGUUUCAGUCGCAAACCCUAGAUUGUAUUUGACUGUUUUUACAUACCAAUAUCAGCUGUUGUUUCUGAACCUGGUGUGACAGUUGAUUUACAAUUUGUAUGUGUAUGUCUGAACGUGAACAUUUGGAUGCCUGUGAAACAAGAGUACGUAUGUGAGCGAGUGUGUAUCUCAGAGGCUAUUUUUACUGGGUUAGAUGGACCCGCAUUAGAAGAACAGGAAGCAGAGUAAAUCUAUAUCUAUAUAAGAGCUCAGUAUAAGCUUCCAUUUAAAAGACUUUGUUAAAGGUAUUUUAAAUGUUGUUUUUUUGCCAGUCAGGUACAAUGGAAACUGAGGUUGAGAACAAAAAAAUUUAAAAUCAAAACAAAACAGGUUUAGCAUUCAUUGAGCAACAGGAACUUCUGACCAAUGAGACACAGCCUCUGUGGUUUAGAAUCCCCAUAUGCAAAUGAGCUGCAUAGCCUAUUGAACAAAAGAGAGGUAUGUCAUGAGUGCUCCGCCCCUCUGAAGUCUGCUCAAUCUUCAAGUCGUUCAUGUCUUUAUUUAUUAAUAUUUAUUUGUCUUUUUUGAUUAUUUAUGCACAUAUUCAUUUAUUCAGUGUGGUUUCCAUUCUGUGUACAAAGCAUAUGUAAGGGUGACGAGAGCAUGCUAUAUUUUGAAAAGCAUACUAGCAUACUACUCUUGCUGCAGUAUAUACUAUGUAUCCUUUGCACAGCAUGCAAAUUUUAUCUCAAAUUACCAAAUUUUUUUGUUUUGUUUUGUUCCGUUUUUUUUUUUUUUU